UAAAAUGGCGGCGGGGCUGCGCGGAAUCUGUCGUCUGCAGGCUUAUGGUAGAGGUUAUUUGAUAAGAAAAAAGUUCCGAAGUUUGCGUCAAGAUUAUGAGAGCAUUGUGAAAGAAAUUGAAGGAGGAUUGGACAAUUUGGAAUGGGAUGGGAAAGUGUUGCCUAGACCCAAAUUUAGGAAUCAGAUUGCAGGAAUGGACAAUGUGCACAAAUUAUCUAAAACCCAAACAUCUCCAGCACUCUGUCCUGAAGCUGAUAAAAGUGCUGACUGUUCGCUGAUCGAGAAUGAUGAACCAGUAAAAGAUUCUUGUGAUGGCAGGAAUUCCACCAGCGGACAAAGUGCUCCCAUGCAGCUUGUUGCCAGCGCUCUGAGUACAGACACCAGUUCACACUGGGAGGCAGCACAGACCGAAGGUGUGAGUGCACUGUUUGAGACAGAGGAAGCAUCCUGUGCAGAUGGUGCUGAGAGGAAAGUCCUUGAGAGCUGCACCACAGUACUGUCAGCAUGUGGUGGCACAAUACGGGAGCAUGCAUCUGCUGAUGGCGUCGCAAGUAAAAUGCAAGAUGCAAAGAAUGAACCUCUGUAUAAAUUGCAAAGGAAAGAGAUGCCCACAGCAUAUGAGGAUCUUCAGAACUACAGAAGCAACCUUGCGAUGGAACUCCUGUGGCUGCAACAAGCCAUUGCCAGCCGUAAAAAAUAUCUGAUACUGAAGCAAAGGCUGGGAGCUCCAGAACCAUGAUAUGGUUUCAGAUUUGGAAGCACCGCAAGAACUGUAAGAAACAAAGUUGAACAUAAACCACUUCUUGCUGUUAAAUCAAAAAUGAACAAGCGAUGACACUAGUGACGGUGUGGAACAGACUUGCCUGCGAUGAACCCUGUAGCACAGUGCUUGCUGGAAGCCUGUACCGCAAAAGGAAAGGUUUAAUGAAUGCUAUUAUCCUUAAUGCACCUUUGAAGGAAGGCAUGGUGCUAUUUUGUACCGUUCCUGCGUUAUAGUAGUCUGUUUCAUGAUCAUGGAUCUUUACUAAUCCUGUUAAACUCCCAGCCAUAAUUCAACACUUUAGAAAAUUAUCUUCCCUUUAAUCUAAUAUGCCAGUUGUUUUGUAGCUGGUUUGGACUAGAGCACCUAUCACUGAUCUUGGCAUUCAUCCAUCUACAUAGAGCUCCAGCUCCACCAUUCAUCGGUUUGUGUGGACUGCCCUCAGUUAGCAUGGUUUAUUUUACAGAGGACAUACCUACCAAAGGUUAAGAUGUUGCCUCUGUAUUUCUAAGACUUGUAUCUUGCUCAGACUAGAUGUGGAUUAUCAAGCUCAAUAACACUAAUUGAGAAGGAGGUGGAGGGGGGGGGGGGGGGGGUGGAGGGGUUGUUAGUGGUGGGAUGAACUUACUCAGUAUUUUUUUUGUAUGCAACAAAGGUUACAGUACGCAUCUCAUUCCUUGCUGUUGGUGUCAAUGCUGGAUCGCCAUUCCAUAAGCUGUUUUUUAAGGGCCUGGCUGACUAAUUUAAUUAAUACAUUUAAUUUUUUAAACUUUAGUAAUCUUUUUGUAAUAUUAAAAAUUCUAAAAUCUUGACAAUCUAGAUUUUUAACUUUUUAGAGGUGCCAGUAUGCCUUUACAAAAAAUACUGAAUUUAGCAGAGAUUUUUCUACAAAAUAUGUGCCUGGAUUUCUUUAGUCAGGUUCUGAUUGCUUGCUGGGGUGACUGCAUGGAAUAGAAACGAGAUAUUUCCCAAAGGAAAUAAAAGGAUCAAGUGCCUGUUGUACUUAGUUCUCCACACUUUAAGAAGCAGAACCCUGAGUAUAAGCCUGGAAUGAGCUGUUCUUAGGCAAGUCCUUAAAUAAGGACCAUAAAUCAAAAUAAAUUGUCUGGGUGUUUUUUUUAGAAUACUGUUGAACGGUAUCAGAUGUUGUUAUUUUGUAUAUUUCCUGUACCACUACUCUGUUACACAACCUUCCCACUGCGCGCGAUUUAUCCAUGAGAAAAAUUUGUUAAAGUAUAUUUUUACAUUAAAUGUAAAGUGAUUUUCUUUCUUC